CUUCUUUUUUGUAUCAAAUCAAUCCCUAACCCUGUAAAGAGAAAACGAACGUGGAGGUGGAGAUUUCUGAUUAAUCAGGCAAAUCAAUUAUUUAAAUGGCGAGAAUCAUCAAGAAAGCUGCAUCUUCGCUAACCCCGGUACUACUAGCGUAUCCGAGGACCGCUCAUAGAUCUUCUUCCAUCUUCAUCACCCCUCAAUUGAAGAACAGCAGGAAUACAAUUAGCCGAAGUAGUAGUUUAAUUUAUAGACAAGAUGUAUUAUUUCGGACUACAACUCGUCACUUCUCUUCUUCUAUCGGUAAGAAGAGACCGCCUGAAUCUGAUAAAAUCAUAUCUGCCGGUGAGGAAGCUGAAAAAGAUCUUCUUAAAAAGGAGGAAAACAGUGAUGAAUCAGAUAACCAGAAUGACCAAGACAAGGAUAGUGUUAAUGAUCCGCAGUCCAGCAUACGCUUAGUUGUAACUAAUACGAAUUCCUCGGGACUACUUUGGUGUAUGGAGUCAUUGCUUAUCCAGAUGGGUUUUCCAUAGACAGUUUCUGUAUCAAGUAUGCAUAUGCUCCAGAUGAAGAAAAUAUAUAUUACAAAGGACUUGAUUAUGC